AUGUCUCAAAAGAAAGCGAUUUUCGGUGUAUUGUGCCUAAUCACAGUUGCUGCCGCCCUACCCGCCGAGGAGACACGCGGUCAUGCACGCAACGCCAUCAGCGGUGAUAAUGACAUCAUGGAUAGCAUCUACAGUGACUGCCUGCGCAAGGACUCCGUGUCGUGCGUCAAGUACAAGCUCUUCAAUUUCGUCGACAAAGUGCUCUCUGCACGCGAACAAUUCUCGCUAACCGAAGGUGUGACGGUGGUGCGUUCACCCGAUGCGCCCGCCACUGAGGCUGCACGCUCCAUCUCCGGCGAUGAGUCAUUCGAAUCGUUGGCCCUUAACCGCAUCUCUGGCUUCUUGAACACACACACCAUCAAAGUAGAAUUGAAGGGUGCCGACAUUGUGCAAGCCGUCAGUUCGACCGGACGUGCGCUGGAAGAUGUUUCCGAAUCGUUAUUCGGCGGCAAUGAUGAUCCCAAUGCACCUGAAGAGAGCCGUGGCAAGAAGAAGAAGGCUGCCAAAAUUUUGGGUCCCAUUCUGGCGCUAGUCGCACUUAAGGCCGCCGCCCUGCUGCCACUCUUAUUGGGCGCGAUCGCUUUGAUUGCAGGCAAGGCUCUGCUCAUCGGCAAGAUCGCUUUGGUGCUGUCCGCUGUGAUUGGUCUGAAGAAACUGUUGUCUCAAGAGAAGCAUGUCACCUACGAAGUGGUAGCACAUCCACACCACAGUUCAUCGCACUCCGUUAGUCACGACGCGUACGGCAGCGGCUAUAGCGCUGAUGCUGGCGCUUCCGGUUCAUAUGGCAGCUCCGGCCAUGGUGGCUGGGGACGCUCGCUCGAUGCACAGGACUUGGCCUACGCUGCCCAAAAGCCACAAGCAUAA